AAAGAAGGACGGGGAGCUCGGCGGCGGCCGCCAAUCCUGCUCCAGCGGCAGAAGGUCACCCGUUAAUCUGUCUCAAUGACAGGCACAAUUACCUUGAGACGAUUUAAUCGGAAGGAGCAGGUGCCCCAAUGCCUGGGGAAAGGAGCAGGAGGGGUUUCCCAGCGGAUUUCCCUGCUCUUGCCCUCGGGAUGAUGCUCCCUGUCUGCUCUGAGGAGCGGGACGGUCAGCAAGGGAUGGAAAACAUCCCCUUUCUCCUGCCUGGUCUGCGCUUCUCUAUUGAACGUGGUCCGCGCUCUCUCGCCCCCUCCUUGUGGGAGCCCCCUGCAAAGACCCUCCCGGCACUCACCAGGGCUGGACCCCGCGACCAGCAGGACGCAGUAAUUUCCAGUCUGGCUCCCGAUACUGAUAAGAAAGACGGCGGAUGAAGGGGAGAUUAGUCGCUAAUCUCCCAGGGAAGAUGAAUCUGCAAGCUGGACCCCGCGGAGGCAGUGCACGUGGGGGAGGAUGGGCGCCGAGUGCCAGCACAAACUUGGGAUUUUCCUGAUCCUUCUUUUCGUCCUUUUCAUAGAAUCCCAGAACGGUUUGGGUUGGAGAGGGUCUUAAAGAUCAGUCCAGCUCCAGCUCCCUGCCACAGGAACACCUUCCACCCGACCAAGCUGAUGUACAUGGGCUUUCCCCAGCUCUGUGCUUGCAUCAGGGUGUCUCCUAUCAGGACAACACAACACCACGAGUCUCAUCUGCUGGGUGCAGGACAGGGCGAUCAAUGCCCACCUGUGAGAAGGGCCCAUCUGGAACCUGCGCCCUCCCUUGAACAUCCCCAUUCUCAACGCAGCCCUCAAAGGCUCCUUUGCAUAUUUAAUUAACGACCUAAUGAGGAUCAGGGCCACCGACUCCUGAGAAAAGCCCGAUGCUUUUCUACCUCUCUGCUGCCUUGCAUCUUGUGCUACGGUGCCAGCCGUGUCCCACCGAGGCUGGAACUGCUGCAGCCGAGAAUCGCUGUCCCUGCCAAGGCUCUCGCUCCGGGGUGGCCAAGGCUCGGAGGAUUUGCGUGCUUUGGCUUAACCCUCUUGGGCACGGCGAGGCAGCGGCGGGACGCAGGGCGGGGGGAUGCUGCUGGCUCUCCUCGGGUGGAUCAGCUCCUGCGUCACCACCUUCGUGCCGCUCUGGAAGAACCUCAACCUGGACCUGAACGAGAUGGAGGUCUGGAACAUGGGGCUCUGGCAGGUCUGCAUCACCCAGGAGGAGGGGGUGCUUGAAUGCCAAGCCCACGGCUCCUUCCUGGCGCUGCCUCCCGAGCUGCGCAUCUCUCGCCUCCUGAUGUGCCUCUCCAACGGGCUGGGGCUGCUGGGCUGCCUCCUGGCUGCCCUGGGGCUGGAGGGCUGGAGAACCUGCGAGGACAAACCCGGGCGAAAGCGGCGGCUCCUGCUUGGCGGGGGAGCGACGCUGGGCCUGGCAGGGAUCACCACCCUGGUGCCGGUCUCCUGGGUCGCCUACAACACCGUCCUCGACUUCUGGGACGAGACUGUCCCCGACAUCGUGCCCAGGUGGGAGUUUGGGGAGGCCACCUUCCUGGGCUGGUUUGCUGGAGCCUUCCUGGCCGCUGGAGGACUGCUCCUCGCCUGCAGCGCCCGCGCCCCGAGCGCCGACGCGCCGCUGGCCCCCGCCGGCCACCAGGGCCCCGCGGCACCAGGGCUGCCCAGGGGCCACCACCUGCACCCCAAAAACGCAGACUUGGUCAUCUAGGGCCUCGGGUGCUGUGCCCUGUGCACCUCGUGGGCUCUUCCCCUGGCAGGGAGGGCUCCUGCUUGUUUCACAGGAUGAUUUGCUAAUUGCUACGGCAGCUCCGCAGGUUUCUCUCCUUCCUCUGUGUGUCUGCUUCACCUUUUCUCUGUUAAGGAGCAGCAGAUUUCCCCGCAGCACUCACCAAGCAAGAAUGGGAAGGCAACAAGCAGCGGGCAGCGCUUUGUACUGUUGGUGACACCGUGGUACCAUCACUGAUGGGUGACACUGUGUUGGCAUCUCUGGCAAGGCCCCCACAGCCAAGUCUGAUGUGGCUAAUGCUGUGCCCCAGUGCAGCAGCUCUUUCCUUGCAUGUCUGUGUUGCUCUGAAAUAUUUGCAAUAAAUUAUCAUGUCCGUUGGCA